AUGGCGGCCCUGGUGGCCACAGAAAGGCAUCUGUGGCACACCUUGUCCAACCUCCCUGAGGUCUACAGUUGGGAGGAUGGGGCACACCUCAUGUUACGGUCCCCAUCCCUCCCCUGCACCACCGGGGCACCAGGCCAUUGGCUCUGCCACAAGAUGUGCUUCAGCGCACAGCCUCCUGCCAGCGGGCACCUCCCUCUACUUCCGUCCAAAGCCUCGGUAUGGAUGGGGGAGACCUGUACGUCACAGUACGUUGCUCCGGCCGUUUGGGUCAUGGAGGCCAGUCUGCCAGCCCUGCCAAAAGAGGAUGGCUACGCGGUUCAGUUCACGUCCUCUCCUCCUCGUUUCAACAGGAUGUGUCCCACCCUGGUGGGACCCGAGCAGGCUCUGGUCCUGGAACGAGAAGUGCGCACACUCCUGAGGAAAGGUUCCCCCCUCGGCUCGAGAGAAGGUUUCCCGGCCACUAAGCAGACGUUGAGCAGAUGGGUAGUGGAUGCAAUUGUGUCGGCUCACGAGUCCUCUGGCCUCCCCGCACCGCUCGGGGUCCGAGCUCACUCCACCUGUGGUGUGGCGACCUCUACGGCCUGGGAGGCUGCAACCAAUGGCGCCUCCAUCAACUUGGAGGAGUACACGGCAUCAGUGAUCAGCUACAUUGGCAAGUGCAUUGAUAACAUGACCGUCUCCAAGUCCAUCACCACACACUCCAAUCAGAAGCCGUGGAUGACUGCUAAAGUACGAGUGCUGCUGAAGACUAGAGACCUAGCCAGACAAGGCAGUUUGAGGACACAAAACAAGAACCUACAGUCUGGUUUUCUUUUCCCCAUGGAGUGUCAACUUCUGCUGUGUCUGCCAGCAUUGCUCUUCAUGAGCACUGUGGCAACAGGACAAAAUACAACCACUUUGUUGGACUUUUCAACAACAUUACCAGGCAACACGGAAACAGGACCAAGUGCAGAACCAACAGAAUUAACAAUAUAUCCACCUUUUUUUCAAGUUGGACCUGAAGCAACACAGCUUGUUCUCAGUGAUGGAGCUUAUGAAACAAUUCAGCUUCAGCAGCCAUUCAUGUACGCUGGGCAAACAUACACUCAGCUGUAUCUGUGUAUGGAUGGUUAUGUGGCUCUCGACAUUCCAAUGAUUGAUGAUGAAUUACCCAAUCCACAACUUGGCAAAAAUAUCAUCGCUCCACUGUGGACUGAUCUUGAUGCUGACGAAGGAGGAAAUUGGACCUAUGAGCAGGCCACAAGCGGGCCUCUUAUAGAUGAAGCUACGAAUGUGAUUCACAACAUUGUCCCCAGUCUGAACUUUUCUGCUUCCUGGGUUUUUGUCUCCACUUGGAAAAAUGUGCCACUUGAAUUGACUUCAGAGGUUGCAUCACUUCAAGUUGUCUUGGUCUCAAAUGCUGAAGGCUUUGCUUUGAUCCUGAUGAACUAUGGGGAAAUUCCUUCUAUUCCCUCCCCUUACUGGCUGGCUGGCUAUGACAUGGAAAACAGUGAUUUUUUCACCAUUUCACUAAACGAUUCCUCUGAACUGUCUUCAACUAGCAACGUCAAUUUCCCUGGUCGCUGGGCUUUUCCAGUUUCCUCCAGACCUAUAGGUCCCCAUGCUCCUCAUCAUUUCUAUCCAUUCUGGCAUGGAACCGAAGUUAAUUUUUCUGAUAAUAAUGGAAGUUCCCCUCAGAUAACACUUCAGCAGCCAUUCAGAUUCUUUGGAUCCUCUGAGUACACAAUAUAUGUAAAUAAGAACGGUAUACUCAGUUUCUCUGAGCCACUCGGCGAGGCUAGCCCUGAUGAUAAUAGAGAUAUUAAGACUAAUAUCAUUGCUCCAUUCGGGACUGGCUUUGAAACCGACAACAGUUCAAGAGUCAACUAUCAGGAAGUCACCAGUGGUCCUCUUCUUUUCCAAGCAACACAAGACAUUAAUACUAUGUUCCCAGGAAGUCCUUUCUAUGCUACAUGGAUCUUUAUAGCCACUUGGCAAGCAAUGUUAUUUGCCAACAGCACAGGGAAUGCGACAUUCCAAGCAGUCUUGGUCUCUAAUGGCAUAGGUACCUCCUAUGUCAUGCUGAACUAUGGAGAAAUUGAUUCUACUGAUCAGUACUGGCUGGCUGGCUAUGAAACAGUGGAUGGCAGAUCCUACUUGAUUCCAGAAAAAGAUACUUUUAACCUGUCCUCAUCUAGUAAUGUCCAGAUUCUUGGGCGCUGGGCUUUCCAACUCACCGAUUCAGAAUCAUUAAUCUGUCAAUUCUUGAACUGCGCUUUGGGUGAAGUUUGUACGCAGAUAAAUGGAGCUUAUGGCUGUGCCUGUGGGGAAUAUGAUCCAAGGCCGAAUCCAGAGACCUAUGAUGCCAUUGAAACAUGUUCAGGCAGUUCUGGAUCACUGUCUAUGUCUCGCUGUCAGCUUUUUGAGGCAGGAUAUCCUUCUAAUGUUCUCCACCUUAAUGACCCAAACUGCACAGGGGAGGUCGAAAAUGACAGGCUGGUGUUCAACUUUGACAGUCAAUACAACAAAUGUGAAACAACUCUGGAGAAUAACCAAACACAUAUCAUCUUCAAGAACAACGUUGGAACGACUGACGGGAUGGGUGUGAUCAGUCAUGUUGGAGGGUUAAAUAUUGCCUUUUCCUGUGUGUAUCCACUCAUCCAGAGCAUCUCCAUGCCCAUGGCCUUCCAAGCCACAAGAAGUGUAAUCAGCAAGGAACUGUCAACUGAGGGCACAUAUCACAUCAGCAUGAUCCCAUAUCCAGAUUCUACAUUCCAAAUUCCAUUCUUUGGCAAUGUGACCCUAGAAGUGAACCAACAGCUAUAUAUAUCUGUACAAGUGGAUCAGUUUGACAGCAAUCAGAUCGCUCUUGUGCUGGACAACUGCUGGGCCACACCAGUCAUCGAGGGGGACUACUACAUCCGUUGGGACCUGAUCAUUAACGAAUGUCCAAACCCCGCUGAUGGCACAGUGGAGUUGUUACAGAAUGGCAUCUCAACAUCCAGCCGCUUCUCGUUCAGGAUGUUUACUUUCACUGGCUUCGCUGAGAACAUCUACCUUCAUUGCCAGGUUCAUCUCUGUCUGCAGGGGUCAGGCAACUGUGCUCUGCCGUGUGAUGGACAACGUUCCAGAAGACGCCGAUCUGUGGAUUUCUAUGACUCAGCUGCAAUUACUAUGGAAUUCUGAUUUGUUUACAAUCAAUCUAACAGUUCUAAUUUCUUUUUUCUUUUUCUGUGUAUUCUAGAUUUUAAAAAUAAUUGAUAUAAUGAUUGAAAUGAAAGUAGUUGUUUUUUUAUUAUUAUUUUACUCUUCCAUAAUAUUAUUCCUCAAAUAAACUCAGUGAAUUACAAUCAAAACAAAUUGACAUAAACAAUCACACAAGCAGCAUUAAUAAUCAAUCAGUUCAAUUACCUAAUGUAGCGAAUACAAAGUUUUUCAAGAAUAACCUUUAAUAAGUGUCCAGAUUCACAAAUAUGUUAAAAUUUUAGUUUUGAGC